UGAAACUGAGAUUUUGGAUAUUGCUUUGACUUUGAAGCAUGCGCAAUCCAUGCUGAAAAAUGGUUGACACUUGACAUUCUGUUUGUGGAUGUUGGAGUGUUCAGUACAUUGAUAAGUGUAGUGAACGUAGAUGUGUGAGAGUGUGUCAAAAUGUUCGGAAAUCAUUUUUCUGUGCAGUGAUUAAUCGGAAUAUUUACAUUCGUGUGAAGUGUGUUAGGUGUUGUGCUUUGUGUUUGAAUCUACUUAGUUUGACAGUAGGGAAGAAGUUGGAAGUUGAAGAUGAGUGCGUCUGUGAGCAGCAGUGGCAUAAUUUCGACCACCUUAGCAGGGGUUGCGGCCAACUCUAAUAUGACCACAACUGUGGCUUCACUUCUGUCCCCCACCACCACUACUGUAGCCCCUAGUUCUGUUAUACUUGAUCAUGGGGAAGUUUCACCUAUUUUCUUGCAAACAAAGGCUGCACAAGGCAUUGCUGGAGCGUUUGUAUGGGUUGCACUGUUCCUGACAUGCCAACAGAACUUGAGUUCUGAAUUCUUGAACUUGGUCACCAGUCCUGAUCGGGGAACCUUUCUACGUGCUUAG